GUGUGUGUGUGUGUUUACAUGCUUGAGUGAGGGAGAGGAAGAAGUAAAAAAUGGGAGAAGGCAAACGAAAGGAAGUAGUGUGUGUGUGUGUGUGUGUGGGUGUGCGUCUAAAUGAAUGAAUGUAUCAUUAUGUGCGUGCAUGUCUGAGGGUAAUUUCCUUUUCUAGCUGUCAUGAUGCUGCUCACCCACUGAGCAGCGAUGAACAGAGGAGAUAUAAAACCACGCAGAGGAGGAGAUGAAGACAGAAGAAGACAGAGUCUGACUUGAUCCCCUCCGGCUGUCAGCGUGCACUCACACAAGGAAAUGGAUACUUCCCGACUCGGCUUCUUCAUCUUCAUUGUGAUAACUGCAACUGCAUCUUCAGCAUCUUUAGAGACAACUGAGUUCCAGUGUGUGGACCUAAACACGGAUUCUUUCAGACUUUUUGAAGGGGAGGCAUUUCAUUUUGUGCCCCGUGAGCUUGGCAAUAACGUCCCUGAUGAUGAGGUCACAUGGUACAAAAAUAACUCCCAAAUCACCACUGAUGAGAACCAGAACGUACAUUACCACGGUGGAGCACUCUUUAUCUUAAACCUCUGCAGUGAAAACUCCGGCCUUUACAUCGCCAGGCAAGAUGAGCCAUCAGGACAGUGUUACAACUAUUUUUUACAAGUUGACGUCUUCAAACGAAGCAAUCCAAUGGAAAAGAAAUUCCUCUACGGAUCCAUUGAAGAGUCUGCUACGGCCAAAAAGAUCCCAUGUCCAGAUCCUGUCCGCAACACAUGUACCUCGUUGGCGGGAACUUUCUCCUGGAGCACGCAACCCCCCUUGCCCGAGCUGCAGACGUUCACUAGCCCUGAAGAUCGUCAAAAAGCUGACCUGUGGAUUAAGACGGAUACUGACGCUCACAAUGGCAUCUACACUUGCACUUGUACCUGGAAACACAAUAACAAGGAGUACAAAUCGACUGCCUCCAGGGAGGUAAAGCAUCUAGAGACAGAGGUCCACGUUCCGGUGGAGAUCAUUUCUCCAGCCAACAAGGAGCAGCUUGCUGAUGAAGGCGCUGGGAUCAAGCUGAACUGCUCGGUUUACUGUGGGAUAAAUGUGAAAUCUCACUGCAAGGCCAUGUGGGAGGUUAUUGGAGUCUCUGUCCAGGAGCGCGAUGGAUACCGUCAAACCUCAAAAGUAAACCUAGAGAGUCCCUCACAGAUGACCAUCUCCACUGCAACCCUGGUCAUUGACAGAGUGUCUGCUCAAGAUUUCAAGACUGAGUUUAAAUGCAUCGGCGUAGGCUUCUCUACAAAUAACUUUACCAUUAUAACUCUGAAGCGGAGAGAGUCAAUAAUUCCACUCGUCAUCGGAGGCGUGUGUGUGUUGCUUUUUGGUGUGUUUGCCGCUGUGCUGGUCAAAUGCUUUGCCAUCGACCUCGCUCUCUUCUUCAGACGCUGCAUCCCACUAAGCAGCUACAAAAAAGAUAUGAGGAUGUACGAUGCCUAUGUGGUUUACCAAAUGCAGAGCAUUGACAAGGACACUGAGGACGCACUCUGUCAGUUCAUCUCAAAGAUACUGCCGUCUGUCCUCGAGGAAAAAUGUGGAUAUCGACUCUUCAUCCACGGGAGGGACGACAUACCCGGGGAAGACCGUCUGGAGCUGGUGGAGGACUGCAUGAAGCAGAGCAAGAGGCUGAUGGUCAUCCUCACCCCGGGCUCAGGAUCGGAGCAGGAGAACGCAGACGAACCUCCUGCCUCGCCCCAAACCUCAGUGAUAGGAGGCUUCGACUGGCAGUUGGGGCUCCACCAUGCACUGGUCCAGAGGGAAAUGAGCGUGAUUCUGAUCCAGCUUGGGGACACUGGGCCAAAAGGAUACACACACCUUCCUGCUGGCCUGCAGCACCUGAUUCAAAAGAGCGCCCCCAUCAGGUGGCCAGAGGGUUCGCGGGGCGCCACAGCCUGGAACUCACGCUUCUGGAAGAGAGUAAGAUACCUGAUGCCUGCAAUACCUGCCAAAAAAUGUCUGCAGUCUGGUAUUAUUUGAAACCCUUAUGAGUUUGCUGUGGCUUUACUGGAAUGAUAAUUAGCGUGUGUAAUAAAAAGGAUCCAGAUGCACAGGCCCAUCAAACGCUUUACACAGGGUCAUCAGUUAUGUCACAAUGAUGCAAGUAAGUCCAGAUAAAGUUGUGAAUGUACAGAACCCCUGAGAGGCAAGUGUCUGAUCUAAACUGUUUUUGCUGCGGUGUUAAGAGCAUUACAACAGGUGAAAAAUAAGCAGCAAUUUCAGGAUUCAAGCCAGCAUGGAACUUUAAAAGUUGAAAGCUUGGUAGGAUCAAGAUCUUUGACAAUUUAAGAUGCCCGCAUUAAAGAUAAACAACAGGUUUUUGGGGACAUGCUUUAAUGUCUUAGUUUUUUUGAUGUUUGAACAAACCCUCAGUCAGUACGUUUACAUGGACAGUUUAAUUCCACUUUCAAUCGGAAUGAACGGCCAUUCCGAUUGAAAAAUAAAUCCGAUUAAAGGGGGUGGUUUAUUCCAUUUGUCAUUCCAAAUGAAAGAAUUUUGUGUGCAUGUAUACACUCGUUCCUCUUUAGGUUCAUUCCGGUCUUUCUGCGCAUGCUCGUUUCCUUGCCCUUCUGGUGCGAUGAUGUAUAUAGCGUGCAUAGCAACAGGCUGCAUAGCAACGGGCUGAGCUAGAGCAGUCGGACUCGUUGCACUCACCGGUUUCCAUUCGCCACAGCACGGUCUUCUACCUCCCUUCUCCUGCUCAACAGAUGAAGCAUUAGCAGAACAAGGUUGUUGUCGUACUGCUGCUUUAAGAAUAUAAGCAAAACACGCCCGAAAAAGGCACUAAUAACGGCGUCGUCAAGCAUCUUGUUAUCCGGAGCGAGGACUACAGUGUUUUCUUCCGGUAAACGUAAACACGUAACAUCCGCCCCGCCCCCUAUCCAAUCAGAAACCUUCCCUGCCCCAAACCUUACGCAGACCCGAAUAAAGGCGAUUGAACUGAUCUCCCAUAUAAACCCUCAUUCGGAAUUAAUAUUUCCCAUGUAAACUACCUGGAAACACUUUAAUUCCGAAUGAUUUCAUUCAGAUUUAUUUCAUUCCGAAUGAGAAACCAUCAUGUAACCGCAGCCAUUGAUGGGUAAAUUUUGCAAAAGGCCAUUGCACUUGUUUGGAACUUGUGGCACCCCCUAUUGACCGAUUUCCAAAUAAUUUAACACAUGUGGUUUGUCAUAAUUAUUUAACAGACCCUGCAAGUUUUGUAAUGAUUUGACAAUCAGUUACUGAUUUCCAGUCUGAUUUGUAUUAUAUUAUGCCCAUUUUUUUGCAUGUGCAGUGCCCCCUAGUGGUCAAUUUGAAUACAACUUUCACGUUCCUGGUACCUCUCAAGACGUCGCCUGCAAGUUUGUGAUGAUUGGCAGAGUGUUUAAGGAGUAAGAUCCAUUAAUGUACUGAACA